CUAACACCGCCCCCGCGGAUUCCUCCGCCGGCGCCUGCGGUGCUCAGGCGGAGGGAGCCGCCAUUUUGGGUGCUGAGGAGCGCUGCGGCCGUCCGUGUGCCUGUCGCGUUUUCACGUCAGGAUUGCGCUAGGAGGAGCAGUGCAGCAUGCUGGGCUCAGGAUUUAAAGCUGAACGUUUACGAGUCAAUUUAAGAUUAGUCAUAAAUCGUCUUAAGCUACUGGAGAAAAAAAAAACGGAACUGGCUCAGAAAGCAAGAAAGGAGAUUGCUGACUAUCUGGCUGCUGGGAAAGAUGAGCGAGCACGCAUUCGUGUGGAGCACAUUAUCCGGGAAGACUACCUUGUGGAGGCCAUGGAGAUCCUGGAACUGUACUGUGAUCUCCUGCUGGCUCGAUUUGGCCUCAUCCAGUCUAUGAAGGAUGUAGAUACUGGUCUGGCUGAAUCAGUGUCUACACUGAUCUGGGCUGCUCCUCGGCUCCAGUCAGAAGUGGCUGAGUUGAAAAUCGUUGCUGAUCAGCUCUGUGCCAAGUAUAGCAAGGAAUAUGGCAAGUUAUGUAGGACCAACCAAAUUGGAACUGUGAAUGACAGGCUAAUGCACAAACUGAGUGUAGAAGCCCCACCCAAAAUCCUGGUGGAGAGAUACUUGAUUGAAAUUGCCAAGAAUUAUAACAUACCCUAUGAACCUGACUCUGUGGUCAUGGCAGAAGCUCCUCCUGGUGUAGAGACAGAUCUUAUUGAUGUUGGAUUCACAGAUGAUGUGAAGAAAGGUGGCCCUGGAAGAGGUGGAGGUGGUGGGUUCACAGCACCUGUUGGUGGGCCUGAUGGAACAGUGCCAAUGCCCAUGCCUAUGCCCAUGCCUAUGCCCAUGCCACCUCCAAAUGCUCCUUUCUCAUAUCCACUGCCAAAGGGACCAUCAGAUUUCAAUGGAUUGCCAGUGGGGACUUACCAGGCCUUUCCUAAUAUUCACCCACCUCAGAUCCCAGCAACUCCCCCAUCAUAUGAAUCUGUCGAUGGCAUUAAUGCUGAUAAGAAUGUUUCCUCUGCACAGAUUGUUGGUCCUGUACCCAAGCCAGAAGCCCCUGCAAAGCCCCCUUCCAGACCGGUGGAAAACUAUGACAACUUUGUACUGCCAGAGUUGCCAUCUGUUCCAGACACACUACCCACUGCAUCUGCUGGAGCCAGUACCUCAGCAUCUGAAGACAUAGACUUUGAUGAUCUUUCCCGGAGAUUUGAGGAGCUGAAAAAGAAAACAUAGACUUCUUAACUAGGCAGCUUCCAAGUUCUGGGAGUGGAGACUGAGCAAUUUUUCCUUGUAACAGAGACUCUCCAUGAAAUUCCGUUUCCUCUAUUAACCAUCAUUGAGCACACUCUUCCCUGGGUUCUUCUCUACCAAAUUGUGUUGCUUUCCAGUUCUUGCAUGGUACUAAGAGACUAAUGGCUGGAGAGACUGAGGCUAGACCAGCUGGCUUCUGGCAGCGAUACCUUCUUGUCUGUCUCUUGUCAGAGGAAUCCCUAGUUCUCUCAGCCAGUCCCUACCAAGGCAGUGAGAAGAUGAAGUAUUGUGGGUAGUCACCAGAGGUGACUGGACAGUAGAGGACAGCACUUCAUGAAGUGUCAGUCUCAUUUUGAGGUUGCAGACUUGGGAAUAAACCCUGUAUAGGUGGAUUGUGGUAAGACUUAAGACCACUGUGUGUUUUUGCACUCUCAUGAGCAAAAGAGAAGAUGGCUCAGGAAGCCACUGUAACGGUUUCUGGAGGCUAGGCCCUCUCGUUGGCUUACACACUACUCACUGCAGGGCACUGUUCCACCUGGAUCCAGUUGCAAAGUUCAUUUGGAAAAAUUGAGGUCCUCUUAGUUCUACUGGAUUCUCAGGGAGCCCUCUGUGGCCUUCUCCUCUUCUUUGAGUGUUCUAAUUUCCUUUUAGGAAAGGGCAUCAUUGUAGAAAUCCUGUCCCCCAUACCACCCUCAGCAUGUUACUAGCAGAGGAAGCACAGGUCACAUAUUGGGCAAAAAUUUGCCAUUCAAGCCUACGGUGGACUUCCAGCUGCCUUAAUAGAAGUACUCAAGUCUCUUGGGUAAUGAGCUGGAACACCUAAGGAGAUGAGGGAUAUGUGUUUUCAUUUGAAAACUUUUUUGAUCAAGGGAAUCUUAAAAAUAGGUAUCAAAUUUUUAGUGCCCAUGUGGCUAUAGUUCACUGCUUUCCUGGGUGGAUGACUCCUACUGUUGUAACUCAUGUUCCUUUGCUCCUAGCCAAAGCCAUUCUUCUCCACAGGACUGGCUUUGGGAGUGGAAAGAUAGGACUUCUGCUUCUGUGUAGUAUCUCUGUAUAUACCUGUUUUAAGCAACUUUAAUGUUUUUGAUGUUUGUAUCUCAUAGCUCAGUAGCUGCUAAUAAAGUUAAAGAUCCUG